AUGCCUGAGUCUCAAGGCAACCUUACCGGCUUCGAUGAGCCCAACAGAGUUCCAUUCGGCAAAUGGGAUUCCUUCUCCUGGGAACCCUUCCCUGAAUGGGAGGGCACCAAGGCUAUCAUCUCCCGCUCACCGGACGGCAAACGCGUCGCUGCCGCUUUCCGCGAGUCUGCAACUGGCACUUUGAAGUAUCCAUGUGACGAAUUCACUUAUGUGACAGCGGGAUCAAUCAAGAUCCAUGUCCAUGGCGGUGAAACAUUUACUCUCAAUACUGGAGAUUGUGCCUACUUUACUAAGGGCCAGACGGUGGACGCUGAGUGCAGCGAGGACUUUGCCAGUGUCUCUAUGCUCUCUGAUACUGAGCCUAUUACUAUUGUUUGA